GUCGUGAUUUUAAUCAACAUAAGAGCAAACAUUUGGCACAAAAUAUCGAUAAAAUAAUUACCGAAUUUCAAGACGGGAUACACCGGACGGAAGUGAAGCAGGAAUUGGAUGUCGACACCCAUUGUGUUGAUAUGAAUGAGUUCUUGGAAGUGAAUAAUGAUGUCAAUUGCAAUCUCAAUGAUAGUGAUCUCAAUGGACAGAUGGGUGACAGUCAAGUGGUCACCACUGAUGACCAAUAUUUAGAGUCAGCUAUCAUUCAGUCAUCACAUACAUGUCAAGCAAACUCAUCAGUUUUUGAAAAUAUAUUUAGUCAGAAGAAUACGAGUCGACUGCGAGGUCUGAAUAGCCCUCGAGAGCCCAUCCGAUUGGCCACCGAUUCGACCAAAAAGAUCUCCGAAUUGUUUAAGAAGUAUAAGAAGUAAACUAUUUUUCUAAUUUAAUAACUUAUAGUUUUACACAUUUUUAUUCCUAUUUGUUUCGUAUAAUUUUAUUUGUGUAUAAAAAAUAAAGUAUUUUUUACUGUAAUA